CCAUAUUCCAAACGAUAUCAGUACUUGGUGAGACAUGUUCGGAGGAAGAUUGAAUGGCUGGGUUAAGAAUCGAGUUCCGUUUGCUGUCCAUGCUUUGGGUACUGGCUGAAGGGGUGACUCCCUGUGGUCAGGAUGAUCAGUGCUUGGAUGGGACCCACGGCUGUGACCCUGUGCUGGCCAAGUGUGUGAGCAUGCCACCCAUCACUCAGGACAGCGCUGGAUACCAUUGUUCCUGCAUCUCGGGAUACGCGGGCAGUGGACGAGAAGGAGACUGUCAAGAUGUGGAUGAAUGUGCGCAGGGCAAUGGUGGAUGUUCCCAGCGCUGUGUGAACACUGUGGGCAGUUACCGGUGUGACUGCCACCUAGGCUACACCUUGAGUCCCGACAACAGAACAACAUGUACAGACAUCAAUGAAUGCCUACGGGAUCCUUGCAAUUCCAUGAGCACAUGCGCAAACGUACCUGGGGGUUACAGAUGUGACUGCAGGGCGGGCUUUGAGUACAGCGGCAACAUCUGUAAAGAUGUCAAUGAAUGCCGAAGUUCUCCAUGCAAACCACAAGAGCAAUGUUUGAAUACAGUGGGGAGCUACUUCUGCGUGUGCCUGGAUGGUAACUGCACAGAUGUGGAUGAAUGUGCUCAGAGCAAUGGCGGCUGCUCCCAGCGCUGUGUGAACACUGUGGGCAGUUACCGGUGUGACUGCCACCGAGGCCACACCUUGAGUCCCGACAACAGAACGACAUGCACAGAUGUGGAUGAAUGUGCGCAGGGCAAUGGUGGAUGUUCCCAGCGCUGUGUGAACACAGUGGGCAGAUACCGGUGUCUUUGUCACCAUGGCUACAUCUUGAGCCCUAGAAGCAGAACAUCCUGCAUCGAUGUGGACGAGUGUCGCAGUGGGAGCCACGACUGCCACAGCUCGGCCUCCUGUUCCAACAGCCCCGGCUCGUUCCAGUGUGUGUGUGGGGCGGGGCACACUGGGGAUGGAAGGACUUGUACAGAUGUGGACGAGUGUCGCAGUGGGAGCCAUGAGUGCCACAGCUCGGCCUCCUGUUCCAACAGCCCCGGCUCGUUCCAGUGUAUGUGUGGGGCUGGGUACACUGGGGACGGAAGGACUUGUACAGAUGUGGACGAGUGUCGCAGUGAGAGCCACGACUGCCACAGCUCGGCCUCCUGUUCCAACAGCCCCGGCUCGUUCCAGUGUGUGUGUGGGGCUGGGUACACUGGGGAUGGAAGGACUUGUACAGAUGUGGACGAGUGUCGCAGUGGGAGCCACGACUGCCACAGCUCGGCCUCCUGUUCCAACAGCGCCGGCUCGUUCCAGUGUGUGUGUGGGGCUGGGUACACUGGGGAUGGAAGGACUUGUACAGAUGUGGACGAGUGUCGCAAUGGGACCCACGCCUGCCACAGCUCGGCCUCCUGUUCCAACAGCCCCGGCUCGUUCCAGUGUGUGUGUGGGGCUGGGUACACUGGGGAUGGAAGGACUUGUACAGAUGUGGACGAGUGUCGCAGUGGGAGCCACGACUGCCACAGCUCGGCCUCCUGUUCCAACAGUCCCGGCUCGUUCCAGUGUGUGUGUGGGGCUGGGUACACUGGGGAUGGAAGGACUUGUACAGAUGUGGACGAGUGUCGCAGUGGGAGCCACGACUGCCACAGCUCAGCCUCCUGUUCCAACAGCCCCGGCUCGUUCCAGUGUGUGUGUGGGGCUGGGUACACUGGGGACGGAAGGACUUGUACAGAUGUGGACGAGUGUCGCAGUGGGAGCCACGACUGCCACAGCUCGGCCUCCUGUUCCAACAGCGCCGGCUCAUUCCAGUGUGUGUGUGGGGCUGGGUACACUGGGGAUGGAAGGACUUGUACAGAUGUGGACGAGUGUCGCAGUGGGAGCCACGACUGCCACAGCUCGGCCUCCUGUUCCAACAGUCCCGGCUCGUUCCAGUGUGUGUGUGGGGCUGGGUACACUGGGGAUGGAAGGACUUGUACAGAUGUGGACGAGUGUCACAGUGAGAGCCACGACUGCCACAGCUCGGCCUCCUGUUCCAACAGCCCCGGCUCGUUCCAGUGUGUGUGUGGGGCUGGGUACACUGGGGAUGGAAGGACUUGUACAGAUGUGGACGAGUGUCGCAGUGGGAGCCACGACUGCAAAAGCUCGGCCUCCUGUACCAACAGCCCCGGCUCAUUUCAGUGUGUGUGUGGGGCUGGGUACACUGGGGAUGGAAGGACUUGUACAGAUGUGGACGAGUGUCGCAGUGGGAGCCACGACUGCCACGGCUCGGCCUCCUGUUCCAACAGCCCCGGCUCGUUCCAGUGUGUGUGUGGGGCUGGGUACACUGGGGAUGGAAGGACUUGUACAGAUGUGGACGAGUGUCGCAGCGGGAGCCACGACUGCCACAGCUCGUCCUCCUGUUCCAACAGCCCCGGCUCGUUCCAGUGUGUGUGUGGGGCUGGGUACACUGGGGACGGAAGGACUUGUACAGAUGUGGACGAGUGUCACAGUGGGAGCCACGACUGUCACAGCUCGGCCUCCUGUUCCAACAGCCCCGGCUCGUUCCAGUGUGUGUGUGGGGCUGGGUACACUGGUGAUGGAAGGACUUGUACAGAUGUGGACGAGUGUCGCAGUGGGAGCCACAACUGCCACAGCUUGGCCUCCUGUUCCAACAGCCCCGGCUCGUUCCAGUGUGUGUGUGGGGCUGGUUACACUGGGGAUGGAAGGACUUGUACAGAUGUGGACGAGUGUCGCAGUGGGAGCCACGACUGCCACAGCUCAGCCUCCUGUUCCAACAGCCCCGGCUCGUUCCAGUGUGUGUGUGGGGCUGGGUACACUGGGGGCGGAAGGACUUGUACAGAUGUGGAUGAAUGUGCGCAGGGCAGUGGCGGCUGCUCCCAGCGCUGUGUGAACACGGUGGGCAGUUACCGCUGUGGCUGCCACCCAGGCUACACCUUGAGUCCCGACAACAGAACAGAGUGUGCAGAUAUCAACGAGUGCGGGAAUCUUGCACUGAAUCAGUGCGACAACAACGCUCAGUGUCUGAACUCGAACGGUUCCUACCGGUGUGAGUGCAACUCCUAUUACAGAGGCAAUGGGACACACUGUGAAGGUUGUUUUUGCCCACCGGAGAUUAUACCAGGAACUGUGCAUCUGCAGGCUCUUUCAAGAAGUCCCUGCCCCUGUGUCUCUGGGUUUAUCGUGUCCAAUAACUUCCCAAGCUACUACCAGAACAGCGCAGACAUGUACUGGUUCUUCAACUUGACCCUGAUGUCUAACUCCACUCACCAGUACACAGGAAUCCGAUUCCGGGUGGACUUGCUGUCUGUGACUUCCCAGGAAGACCACAUCUCCUUUGGCUGUGGAACGGACCCCGAUCAACACAUGCAGCGCAUGUUGACUGAGAAAGAUCAAAACAACAUCACCUUCCCUGUCUCCAAUUGCACUGACGUCUGGGUCCAUUUCCAUUCUGGACCACAGACACCAAGCACAAAGUUCAGCAUUUAUUUCGAAAUGGAUGUGGAGGUGUGUCAAAGUGGGAGCCACGACUGCCACAUCCCGGCCUCCUGUUCCAACAGCCCCGGCUCGUUCCAGUGUGUGUGUGGGGCUGGGUACACUGGGGAUGGAAGGACUUGUACAGAUGUGGACGAGUGUCGCAGUGGGAACCACGACUGCCACAGCUCGGCCUCCUGUUCCAACAGUCCCGGCUCGUUCCAGUGUGUGUGUUGGGCUGGGUACACUGGGGAUGGAAGGACUUGUACAGAUGUGGACGAGUGUCGCAGUGGGAGCCACGACUGCCACAGCUCAGCCUCCUGUUCCAACAGCCCCGGCUCGUUCCAGUGUGUGUGUGGGGCUGGGUACACUGGGGACGGAAGGACUUGCACAGAUGUGGACGAGUGUCGCAAUGGGAACCACGACUGCCACAGCUCGGCCUCCUGUUCCAACAGUCCCGGCUCGUUCCAGUGUGUGUGUUGGGCUGGGUACACUGGGGAUGGAAGGACUUGUACAGAUGUGGACGAGUGUCGCAGUGGGAGCCACGACUGCCACAGCUCAGCCUCCUGUUCCAACAGCCUCGGCUCGUUCCAGUGUGUGUGUGGGGCUGGGUACACUGGGGACGGAAGGACUUGUACAGAUGUGGACGAGUGUCGCAGUGGGAGCCACGACUGCCACAGCUCGGCCUCCUGUUCCAACAGCCCCGGCUCGUUCCAGUGUGUGUGUGGGGCUGGGUACACUGGGGACGGAAGGACUUGUACAGAUGUGGACGAGUGUCGCAGUGGGAGCCACGACUGCCACAGCUCGGCCUCCUGUUCCAACAGCCCCGGCUCGUUCCAGUGUGUGUGUGGGGCUGGGUACACUGGGGACGGAUGGACUUGCACAGAUGUGGACGAGUGUCGCAGUGGGGGCCACGACUGCCACAGCUCGGCCUCCUGUUCCAACAGCCCCGGCUCGUUCCAGUGUGUGUGUGGGGCUGGGUACACUGGGGACGGAAGGACUUGUACAGAUGUGGACGAGUGUCGCAGUGGGAACCACGACUGCCACAGCUCGGCCAUCUGUUCCAACAGCCCCGGCUCGUUCCAGUGUGUGUGUGGGGUUGGGUACACUGGGGACGGAAGGACUUGUACAGAUGUGGACGAGUGUCGCAGUGGGGGCCACGACUGCCACAGCUCGGCCUUAUGUUCCAACAGCCCCGGCUCGUUCCAGUGUGUGUGUGGGGCUGGGUACACUGGGGACGGAAGGACUUGUACAGAUGUGGACGAGUGUCGCAGUGGGAACCACGACUGCCACAGCUCGGCCUCCUGUUCCAACAGCCCCGGCUCGUUCCAGUGUGUGUGUGGGGUUGGGUACACUGGGGACGGAAGGACUUGUACAGAUGUGGACGAGUGUCGCAGUGGGGGCCACGACUGCCACAGCUCGGCCUUAUGUUCCAACAGCCCCGGCUCGUUCCAGUGUGUGUGUGGGGCUGGGUACACUGGGGACGGAAGGACUUGUACAGAUGUGGACGAGUGUCGCAGUGGGAGCCACGACUGCCACAGCUCGGCCUCCUGUUCCAACAGCCCCGGCUCGUUCCAGUGUGUGUGUGGGGCUGGGUACACUGGGGACGGAAGGGAUUGUACAGAUGUGGACGAGUGUCGCAGCGGGAGCCACGACUGCCUCAGCCCGGCCUCCUGUUCCAACAGCCCCGGCUCGUUCCAGUGUGUGUGUGGGGCUGGGUACACUGGGGACAGAAGGACGUGUACAGAUGUGGAUGAAUGUGCGCAGGACAAUGGUGGCUGCUCCCAGCGCUGUGUAAACGCAGUGGGCAGUUACCGGUGUGACUGCCACCCAGGCUAUACCUUGGGUCCCGACAGCAGAACAGCAUGUACAGAUAUCAACGAGUGCGGGAAUCAUGCACUGAAUCAGUGCGACAACAAUGCUCAGUGUCUGAACUCGAACGGUUCCUACUGGUGUGAGUGCAACUCCUAUUACAGAGGCAAUGGGACACACUGUGAAGGUUGUUUUUGCCCACCGGAGAUUAUACCAGGAACUGUGAAUCUGCAGGCUCUUUCAAGAAGUCCCUGCCCAUGUGUCUCUGGGUUUAUCGUGUCUAAUAACUUCCCAAGCUACUACCAGAACAGCGCAGACAUGUACUGGUUCUUCAACUUGACCCUGAUGUCUAACUCCACUCACCAGUACACAGGAAUCCGAUUCCGGGUGGACUUGCUGUCUGUGACUUCCCAGGAAGACCGCAUCUCGUUUGGCUGUGGAACGGACCCCGAUCAACACAUGCAGCGCAUGUUGACUGAGAAAGACCGAAACAACAUCACCUUCCCUGUCUCCAAUUGCACUGACGUCUGGGUCCAUUUCCAUUCUGGGCCACAGACACCAAGCACAAAGUUCAGCAUUUAUUUCGAAAUGGAGCGGUUCCUUUGCCAGAGGUUGAAUUGUGAUGUAAAUGCAACAUGUGGCUCGAACAGGUCAGGAUAUUCUGCGUGUAUCUGCAUGCCAGGCUGGAGAGAGUCGGACACUGGAUGCCUCGACAUUCGGAACAUGGUGCAGACUGUAACCACCACCGCCACAGGACCCAACAUCAGGCUGGCAUGGGUGGUCAAGUCAGUGCCAGAAAUUGUGAUUCUCAACUAUCAAAUUAACACCAACUGCACAAACCACACUGGCGGGGUCAACCGGAUGCAGAGUCACCAGCCUGCGAACGCCACCUCUUUAGUAUUAACAGGUCUGACCUCCAUGUCACUGUGUACCACUGUGGUCCAGGUCAACACCUCCUCAGAUGGCCUGGUGACCUCUCGAUCUUUCACCUUUUGGAGCCACUCCGGAAUGAUGCGGGUGCCUUUGAGUCUGAUCUCCAUCUCCGCCACCAGUGCUGUGAUCUCAUGGGGUCUCCUUAGUAGUGCAAGUGACUGGAUGUCCUGCCGACUUCACUAUUACAGCAGCGGAGAGCCCAACGUGAUUCAUACUAUCAGCCGCAUCUCAGUGAGUGGAGAGACUCUGAUCACAGGAUUGAAACCAAAUACCACAUACACGACGAUUGUGGAGUGUGACUUUCCCUUUAAUCGGACAUUCAACUCCCUGCCUCUUGAAAUCACCACUCCCCCAUUUUUGCGCUUCCUACGCAACUUGCAGGCUUCUGGCAUAACCGGGAGCAUUGCUGAGAUUAGCUGGGACCCAGCCAAGCCGGAAGCUGCCAGGGUUGUGUCCUACUCUGUGAACUACGGUCCCUAUGGGAGUGACAGUCCUAUGAAGCGGGUCAUUGUUUUCCCUCCGAUAACCAGUGUCCUGCUCGCAGGUCUGAAUGAGUCGACUCUGUACGUUGUAUCAGUUUCUGCUAAAUCCUUCCUUGGCGAAGAAGACAGUGGUUUGCUAUUGAAGUUUAUGACCCAAAGCUCCCCUGUCCAACCGGGCGAUACCCCCUCAGUCCCCCAGAAAGUGCAAGUGGGGGAGUUUGAAUCUUGUUGUGUGCUGGUCAGCUGGAAGCCACCUACUGAACCCAAGGAAGAAAUAAUACAGUAUAAUGUGGAUGUCCAGACUAAUGAUUCGCUGCCUGUGCAAUACACAACCGAUUCGACCUUUAUUUACCUGCAAGAUCUGGAUCCCCGGCAGAAAUAUGACAUCCGUGUGUCUGCGGUGAACAGCCAGGGUGAAGGAGAAACCAGUGAGAAGCUCUCUGUCAGACUGAGGGAAAUACCCCAACAUGAAACAGCGCUGAAAAUAAAGCCAAGAUUACUCGUCAGCGAGGAUUUCUCGCUCAGGGCAUCGAGCAUCUUCUUGCAACUUCCAGAGUGUGGAGUAUUUGAUGCAGCUGCAAAACAGCUGAAUGCCACAUCUGGUCACCUCUCCAUCUACAUCGUCGUUGCAAACGACAAAGCUGCCUCUGAGAAUUUCAUCCUCCUGCCUCUGAGCGUAUUUGGCGAGCUCUACAAUCACACCGGCACCGAGAAGCAACAUCUGUAUCUCGCACAGCAACACUUCUCCAUCUACCACUGCCAGGGAAGGAAGUAUGGACGAGCCUCCCAGCCCAUGUGGUACUAUGCCAUUGGCUCCAACACCACGUGCCACCCGAAUAAAGUGAUUUGUGAUCGUCCCCUGCAGCCCAACACACCCUACAGAAUCAAGUACGUUCUAGCUGACCGACAUAAAGGAGAGAUCUUGAGCAGUGACUGGUCGGAAACGUUCAGGACCAAACCAGGCACUCCAUACCAAGAACUGCAAGACAACUGGCAGCGUUCUGCAGGGAUGAUCGUCAUCACAGUUGUGUUACUGUGUCUCCUCUGCCUCCUGUUCCUCGGUCUUCUCCUUAUGUGCUGCUACAGGAGGAAGAGCAGGACUGGAAUAAUGUGGAAUCACUGGAUGGGAUACGACACCCAUUUUAAGAAAGAUAUGCGCAGAGCCAACCUGUUGGCAACAGCCGGUGGAAGUCAGGAAAGCCAGAAAGGCAACAACACAUUGUUCUUUCUCCAUCCCCAGGACCAAUGUUCCAACGAGGACAAUAUUUCUCAUUCCUGGAAAAGUCCGCACUAUAUCAGCGGUUACGAAGAGAAGGGACUGCCAAUAACUCAAGGAAUACACUCCAAUCAUCUGUCGUUCAAUUCUGCCACGGUGCCCUCGGAGAAAGACCUGACAAUUCAGAAAAGUGUUUACACAGAAGGGGGGUUGCCACCCACACAAGGGAAGGCCUCUGAUCACCUGUCAUACAGCACCCUCUCUGACUCUGCAGCCUCUGAACACCUGGAAUUCCAGAAGAGCUCCAGUGGUUUAGGUCAGAAUCAGCUGGGUCACACUGGAAUGGCAGGGCCUGGAUGGAUAUGGAAUGGAAAGGUUCUGACUAGAUCAUCUCGGCCUGGAUCGGCUUGGAAUGCAUCAGUAUGGAAUGGUUUGGGUCGGACUGAAUCAGUUCAGGAUGGAUCGAGUCAGGUUGGAUCUGUAUUGAAGAGACCGACUCAGACCCUGCAGGUAUGGAAAGGAUCAACUAAGACUGAGUCAACCCAGACUGAAACGAUCAAGACGGGAUCAGCAGAGACUCGAUCGGUCCACACUACAGCAACACUGCAUGGAAUACCUCCGACUGGUUUAGAAGCUCCCAUCGGCAACAGAAGGAUGGUGCAGAGUCGGUCAGUUCAGACCGAGCUGGAAGAGGAUGGAUCAGUAGGAACAAUUUCAGCACUAUCUACCAACAGGUUCAGUGACACAGCUAGCUUGGUUGAAUCAGUAAGGAGCCGAUCAUCAGGAAGGUACACUCAGUCUAACAACAGAAUUAUUCAACAUGUUUCAUCCACUUCACCAAUGUCAGGUGAUAUCAGUAAUUAUUGAGCGUUGCUCCAAGUUUCCAUUCAAGGUGAAAUCUGUGUGACAUCUACUGAUCCUGGGCAGUUGAAAACAGGACGGAACAGCAUUACUUCAGCAAUUUUGUCUUCAAAAAAGUGCUACACAGCGACAAAAUGGGAAACCAGGACCUGAUGUGCUCAUGGUCAUCGCAGUAGCAAGAAAUGACAACCAAAGUGAACUUGCUCAAAGGGUAGAGAUGUUGACUGCCCUGUCAAGGGAUGAUUAGAGUUUGUAUUUUGCUGUAUAUAUUGGAACAUUUCUAACAAUGGUGUGCAGCCUUUUAAUUCCAUUAAAUUUUGUUUUGCCAACUUACUAA